AUGACUGUAAGUUUUUCAAUUAAAAUCCAGAUAAAAAAUUUUCCUAUUUUUUCAGGACACAAAUGUUAAUCAAUCGAAGCCUUCAGAUCGCGCUGAGGCACCCCCCGCGGCAAAAGAUCUGCCACACCCGCCAGCCGAAUCUCCAGUUGUCCAAGAACAAGAGGCGAAAGGCGAACAAACUGUUGGAAAUGUUGCCUCAGCUUUAGAAGAUAACCAACAAUUACAAGACCCUCAGGCAACCACAACUCUCCGAGAUUCUGUUGACGCACUUUAUAAAGAAUUCAAAAUUUUGAUGGAUUCAAACCCGGAACUUCUCGCCGAAAUCAGGAAUAUGCCGCCAGUCUCAAAUCAACAAUUGUUGGAAAGCCUUCAAAACUUGAUUAGAACAAGCGAAGCUUUAGAAAAUGGUGUUGAAAAUGAUUUGGAAAUUGAACAAGUUGUUGCCGAAACUGAAAUUGUUCCAACAUCCACUGAAUUGAAUUCGAAUAUUCCACCAACUCUUGAAAAACCAGCCGAAGAUAUUGAAAUGUCAUAUGAUUUGGAAGAAGCAAUUGAACAAGUUGUGGCAGAAACUGAAAUUGUUCCUACAUCCACAGAAUUGACCUCGAAUAUUCCGCAAACUUUUUCAUUGAAUUCGAACGAGCUUAUGGAAAAUGGAAAUGUUGAUAAUGUUACCGAAGGAGAGAAUAUGGAAGAUUUGGGAGCGGAAAUGACGGAUAUUGAUCAGACAACAUCCACUGAUCAGGACAUGGUCAAUCUUCGAGCUUAUUUAGAAUUUGAACAUGUCUAUGGAGCUGGAGAAGGAUUGAAACAAAGACCUUCCACAUUUCGAGAAUCAGAAGUGAGUUACUUUAGAAAACGAAAUUCCGAGAAACUUUUCAGUUGACAAAAUUUUGAUAAUGAAUAUUUGAGACAUUUUUUGUCUCAAAUAAAAACCUCACCAUUUUUUCAGCGCUUUCCAACCCGUCUCGAAUCUUAUCAAGCAUCACCAUUUCGCGAAGUGUCGGAGCCUGGAAGUUCGGGAAACCGAUCAGAAGAACGGGCAAUUCUUUCGGAGUUUCGUGAAAAGGCAGGAUGGAACACAUCGUCUUCCGACACCCCGGAGUAUUCCUCGAACACCUUCGAUGCUUCGUCGUUGAAAAUCUCUGAUUAUCCGGACGUUUCGGGAAGAAUUUUCGACUUCGAUCGAAAUGUGUCGAAUCACGAUCAAUUUCAUUUUUUUUUUGUUGAAUAA